AUGGGCUACGACGACGUCAAGGGCAAUGCCUCUGGUGAGGUCACUCACACUGUGGAACCGGUCCAGAUGGGAGACUCUUCCACUUACAAGCGUCGCUUUGCUGGUCUCAAACUUGCUGUCGAUCAAGAGCCCAGCAGUUUCGCCACGAAUCCAAAUGCUUCAAACGCCGAUUUUGAUCCCAUUCCGCCUUCAAACCGGACUUGGACUUGGAAAGCCUAUAUCGCAUACUGGAUGGCCGAUGCUUGGGCCGUAUCCAACUGGGAAGUCGCAUCAUCCAUGAUUGCUGGAGGCUUGAGCUGGAGAAUGGCCAUUGGAGCUUGCGUACUUGGUAACUUCAUCAUGGGUACGGUGAUUACGAUGAACGGCAGGAUUGGAGCUCACCUUCACGUUCCUUUCCCCAUCAUUGCGCGUGUGUCUUUCGGCUACUAUUUCAGCUACUUCGUCGUUGUGUCACGAUGUGCGCUUGCGAUCAUCUGGCUUGGAGUCCAGACAGUCACUGGCGGUCAAUGCAUGGAGGUUUUGCUGACUGCCAUCUGGCCGAGUUAUGCAAGCAUUCCAAAUCAUAUUGCUGCUGGCCAAGGCAUCGAUACCAAGGGCAUGUGCGCUUUUUCGAUCAUUGCACCCAUCAUCUUUCUGGCCGUCUUUGGUUCUACACUGCACAAGGCCGGAGGUACCAUCAGUACUAGCCCUGUAAUCACCCAAGGACCGACGGUGAAAGGCUCUGUCUUGGUCUGGGCCUUCUUCUCCAACCUCAACUCAGUUCUCGGUAACUACUCUACUCUAGGUCUCAACAUCGCCGACUUUGCAAGGUAUGCAAACAAGAGGAGUGCUCAGAAUUGUCAAGCAUUUGUCAUUCCCUUCAUCUUCACCAUUGUCGGUCUUCUGGGAAUCUUCACUGCUGCCGCAUCUUCAGUCGCAUAUCCGGCAGAGGUCGCUACAGCGGGAACGCCUCUGUGGAACCCAGUCACCAUUGUCGGACUCUGGAGUGCCUCUGGUUCCCACGCUGGCCGCGCCGCCUCUGCAUUUGGUGCCAUUGGAUUGAUCAUUGUCACUCUGGGUAUCAAUAUCUCGGCCAACUCAAUCAGUGCAGCAAACGAUCUCGUCUCCUUCUUCCCCAAGUAUAUCAACAUCCGCCGUGGCCAACUCUUGGCCGCCACCAUAGGUGCAUGGGCUUGUGUACCGUUCCUUGCUUUCCUGAGCGGCUACACAAUCUUCCUUGGUCCCAUGACCGCCAUCAUCAUGCNNUACUACAUCACUCGCCGUGGCAAUGUAUCCGUACCAGACAUGUACAAGUUCGACGGCAUAUACCGCUACUCGCCCAAAUUCGCGACAAAUUGGCGUUCUGUUGUCGCACUGAUCGUGGGCGUUGCUCCUCCUCUACCUGGCUUUGUGAACAGCAUUGAUCAAGGCCAACUUGCUGUAUCUCUUGCAGGCCAGCACAUGUAA